AUGUCUGUGAUGAAUAUACUAUUGACGCCGUUUUCGAGGCCCGACCUACGAGUGCCCGAUCAUCUGCCGGGACUUCUGGCUUAUAAUUCCAACGACGGUUUCGGCCGCGUUGCUGGCGAGCAGCUCAACUUCGCUGCGCCUUCGGAAGACGAGGCCGAGUACCCGCCUGGCGCCUACUUGAAGAAGGGGAAGGUCUCGAGGCAAGACCCGAUGUCGCACCGGAUCAUAGAGAAGCGUCGCAGGGACCGAAUGAACAACUGCCUGGCAGACCUGUCGCGGCUCAUACCGCCCGAGUACCUGAAGAAAGGCCGCGGCAGGGUCGAGAAGACAGAAAUCAUCGAGAUGGCCAUACGUCAUCUGAAGUACCUGCAGGAACGCGCGAACGCUGCUGACCGAGGACUGGGGGAGGAGCACUUCAGAGCUGGCUACCAGGACGCGGUGGCCGAGGUCAUGCGCUUCCUCGUCGAGGUGCACGGGUACGGCCCGGGAGACGGCUUGUGCGUGCAAUUGGCUGCGCAUAUGCAAAGGCACUGCGAGGCUGUUGCUAAAGGAGAACCAUUACCACGCGAUAAGCCGCGUUCACACCCUGGCUCAUCGUCGGAGACGGCGAGCUCGUCGAGUAGUUCCCAUGGCUACACUAUGAAGCCCGGCGUGAUCGCGCAGGCGCCGCCCCCCGCGCCGCCGCCCUUCGCUCCCGAGCCCUACGAGGACCGCCCCCAAGAACACCCCUACUCUAUGGAAUGUGAUCGAGUAUCAGUGGCACCGACACCGAUGGCAGGAGAAGGUGAAGGUCUACCGGAGUCAGAGCCUCUACCGCUAGACGGGCGACGCAAGCGAGGGGAGCCAACCUUACGAGCCGUGAGGAAACCUGACCAUAAUGAAGAUUACCUGCAUUCCUACAAGUUCAAAAACUCCAUUGAAAGGCGGUUCUCGAGAUCACAAGAUACAGAGGCGGCGGACAUGUUGGCCCGCACCGCGCACGCGCACGGUAAAGUGUACUCGCACAAGCGGCGCCGCGCCACGAAACCGGCGCCGUCCACGUCCACGUCCAACUCCGGCUCCACCGAGGAUGCUAGGGACACCUCGCCGCAGGAUACGUCAAGUGAAUCACCUCAUCACCAUCAUUAUGACAAACCACCUCCUCCAGCGCAGUACGUCCCCGUUUUUGCGUUGAAUGCUCUUGGAAAAUACUACGUUCCGCUAAGUGUGGAUUACGCGUGCCUUCAAAGGCACCUUGGUCCGUACGAUGUGCUGGACGCCCGAGCGGUGCACCUGGCGGCGCCGCUGCACCCGGUGACGAUCCACGUCAACUUCCAGCCCUGUCUCAACUACCACGUCAAGAGGGAGCCCAACGAGCGAGACCAAUGGCGAGCUGUAUAA